AUGGCAGCAAUGACACUGGCCUACAUGUUCAAGCAGGGAGCAAAAACUGAGAAGACAUUUGAAAAAUUUCAUAACAUUUUCAGAGUAGAUAUCUUUCAUAGUGCUAAGACCAAAAGUUAUAAAGAAAAGAAGAAAGGGACAUUUGGCUAUGUCAUAUUUGGGGAUGUUUUGAUUGUCACAAUUAGGUCUGCGGACAAACCACGCUUGAGCCAGUGGCCUUCCGGCCUAGCACAGCUUUCUCCAUGGCCCUCAGCUGAUGCCGACAAGUAGAAGCAGAUUAAACAUAUGAUGGCUUUUAUUGAACAAGAAGCCAACGAGGAAGCAGAGGAAAUAGGUGCAAAGGCAGAGGAAGAGUUCAACAUUGAGAAAGGUCGUCUUGUGCAAACCCAAAGACUGAAGAUUAUGGAAUACUAUGAGAAGAAAGAAAAGCAGAUUGAGCAGCAGAAGAAAAUUCAGAUGUCUAAUUUGAUGAAUCAAGCAAGGCUCAAAGUCCUCAGAGCAAUAGAUGACCUUAUUACAGACAUACUAAAUGAAGCAAAACAGAGACUCAGCAAAGUGGUAAAAAAUACAACCAGGUACCAAGUGCUGCUGGAUGGACUGGUCCUCCAGGGUUUGUACCAAUUGUUGGAGCCCCAAAUGAUUGUUCAUUGUAGGAAACAGGAUUUCCCUCUGGUAAAGACUGCAGUGCAAAAAGCGAUUCCUAUGUACAAAAUUGCCACCCAAAAAGAUGUUGAUGUCCAAAUUGAUCAGGAAUCCUACCUGCCUGAGGAAAUAGCUGGUGGAGUGGAGAUCUAUAUUGGGGAUCAUAAAACAAAGGUUUCCAAUACUCUAGAAAGCUUGCUGGACCUCAUAGCCCAACAGAUGAUGCCAGAAGUACGGGGAGCCUUAUUUGGUGCAAAUGCCAACAGGAAGCUUUUGGACUAA